ACGCUCGCUCGUCCAUUCAUACACAUUUUUGUGUUUGUUUGAUGUGACACUCCCCCCUUUUCUGCUCGAUGGGAGGGGAGACGUCAGCCUGGCAGCAGCGGAGGAGUGGAGGAGUGGAUAGCCUCGAUAAUACAAAUACAUGAAGAGAAUUGAGGGAAAGGAGAAGAUUGACCGGAGGAGCAGCAGCAGCAGCAGCAGCAGCGUGUGUGCGUCUGUCUUUCCUCAUCAUUUCCACCCCUGACGUGAAUCUGGGAUAAUAUUCCUCCAGCGCGCAGAGUCGACGGUCUCCGGCUGAAAGGCUGUGUUAUAUGUGGCUUUCUUGUGUUAUUUCGAGCAGACACAAGGAGAUAACUCUACUGUAUCCCAGCCUAGCGGAUUGGAGUGAAAGUCCGCCAUAUUCUGCCUUACCACGCCCGGGAGUCGAGCCAGUGGAAAACAAACCUGGGGUCGUGUUAUUUUUAAAGGUUUCCCUGGUUCUCCUCAUCCACGACGAUAACUUGGACACGCGCGCUCACACACACGCGGGGAUUUUCUUUUUAGUGUGUGUGUGUGUGGUUGAAAUUCUCCAAACACUUUGAAGAAGAGGCUGGUCAUGCCUGACGAGAUCACUGUACGGAGGAUGUGUCUGAGAAGGAUCUGUUGAUCAUAUUGAGAAAGAGGGGAAAGAAGAUUACACCAAUUAAGACAUUCAGCCUUGAAAACAUCGCUGUUUUUAUUUGAAGGGAGGCCCAGAAAGACGAACCGAAACGGGGGGAGGAAGAGGGGCGGGGAGGCGGGGGUCAAUUAUUUCUCAAAACAUCUUAUUUUUCCAUUCAACUACAAUCUGUGCGCUGUUCUGGCUCAUUAUAAAGGGCGUCCACGCGUUGCUGCUGGGCCUGUAUGAGGACGUUAUUUCACAUCCAUAGGCCCCCCCGUGUGUGUGUGCUUUUUCUGCCCAGACGACGAAUCUAAAGUCUGGAUGAAUUAGUAAAAGUGAGUGUUUGAAUAAUAAUUUUAAAAAAAAAGUAGUAAAGAAUGACCCUGGAAUCCAUAAUGGCGUGUUGCCUGAGCGAGGAGGCGAAAGAAGCCAGGCGGAUCAACGACGAGAUCGAAAGGCAGCUCCGUCGGGAUAAGAGGGACUCACGCCGGGAGCUGAAACUGUUGCUUCUCGGCACUGGGGAGAGUGGGAAGAGCACAUUCAUCAAACAGAUGAGGAUUAUCCAUGGUGCCGGUUAUUCUGACGAGGACAAAAGGAGUUUCACCAAACUGGUCUAUCAGAACAUCUUCACAGCCGUGCAGGCCAUGAUCCGAGCCAUGGAGACGCUCAAGAUCCCCUACAAAUAUGAGCACAACAAGUGUCACGCCAAUAUUGUGCGAGAAGUGGACGUAGAAAAGGUCUUUAUGUUUGAGAAUCCUUACAUAGAUGCAAUCAAGAGCCUAUGGAACGAUCCAGGCACCCAGGAGUGUUAUGAUCGAAGGAGGGAAUAUCAACUCUCAGACUCCACUAAAUAUUACCUGAACGCGUUGGACCGGAUCUCCAGCCCGUCUUACCUUCCCACCCAGCAGGACGUGUUGAGGGUUCGAGUCCCAACCACAGGAAUCAUUGAAUACCCAUUCGACCUGCAGAGUGUCAUAUUCAGGAUGGUGGACGUUGGUGGUCAGAGGUCGGAGAGGAGGAAAUGGAUCCACUGCUUUGAGAACGUCACAUCCAUCAUGUUCCUGGUAGCGCUCAGCGAGUACGACCAAGUGCUGGUGGAAUCUGACAACGAGAACCGUAUGGAGGAGAGUAAAGCUCUGUUCAGGACAAUAAUCACGUACCCCUGGUUCCAAAACUCCUCGGUCAUUCUGUUCCUCAACAAGAAGGACCUGCUGGAGGAGAAGAUCAUGUACUCUCAUCUGGUCGACUAUUUCCCAGAGUAUGAUGGUCCACAGAGGGAUGCCCAGGCAGCCCGAGAGUUUAUCCUCAAGAUGUUUGUGGACCUAAAUCCAGACAGUGACAAGAUCAUCUACUCUCACUUCACCUGUGCCACUGACACAGAGAACAUCCGCUUUGUCUUCGCGGCUGUUAAGGACACCAUCCUGCAGCUCAACCUAAAGGAGUACAACCUGGUGUAGAGCGAAGCAGGGCCUGCCAACAUGGACGGCCCUCGACACACACACUGACUGACAAUCUGUGAAAAGAGAGAUCAUAAUAUACACAUACCGGAAAAAAAGAAGAAAUCUCAGUAAAAAAAAAAAAAAUGUAAUGGUUGCAUAAUACUAAUUUAUUUGCCAUUUGUUGAUCUCUUGGUCCCCAAGGGGUGAGCAGUAAAUGUUCUCUUGCUAUUUAAGGAGUUGAUGAAAUAUUUGGAAGGAGGAGGGCAGGAUAUCUGGAAAGUUGGGGAGCGAUUUUGUUGCUGGAUUUAUACACCAGAGAUCCUCGUUUUAAGGCUUUGGUUUAAGUUUUUGUGCACUGCAGGUAUGGGGGCUUCUUUUGUCCAUCAGUCUGAUAUGUCAGAGCUGGACUUAAUGCAAUGUGUUCCUUCCGUCCUGCCUUUUUAUACAGAAGAAUUUUAUU